UAAUAUAAAUACCCUUGUUUUUGGUCUAACUGUUACAUAAUUUAAAGUCAUAUGUAAAAUGGAAAUUAAGGACCCUUAUGAAUCAAACCAUGUACCUUCUUACAUGCUUAUUGAAGCCACUGGUGAUUCGGAAGCAGAUUGUAAUAAUCCAACUAUGGAUAAAUUUGGUUAUGAAGUUUUUAGUGCAGAUGAUGAUGAUGCUCAAUCUUGUUGCCAUGAUAAUAAUACUGCUGAAUUCAAGGGAGGUGAGUCUUUGGAUGAUGAUGAAGAUUUGAAGAAAAGUGAUGUUUAUGGUAAUUCAUAUUGUGAAGAUGAUGAGAUGCAAGAACAACAUAAAUACAAAUCCUUUGUUUCUAAUGAUUCUUCAGACCAAGAGUUUGUAGAUGAGAUGGAAAAGAAUAGGUUGUUCUGGGAAGCUUGUUUGGCUUCUUGAUUGUAUUGUUUUUGUGAUUUUUUUUAUAAGUAAAUGUUAAGUUAGUUAUAAAUUACUACAAAUCAAUUAGAGGUAUAGCUUUUAUUAUGUACUUUAUGGGUCAUUAAAUGUGUCUUAAAGAUGAAAGCUUUCAAUUGUAUCUAUGCUUAUAUGAUUUAAUUUUCUUGGUAGUUCACACUAUAUUUCAUGAUU